UUUGCGCCCAACCCUUCCCGCCGCGGCCCAUGCCCGGCUGGGGCCGCUAACUCGGUCGCCCGGCAACACGGCGGACGCGGCGGGACACGCGGCCAUGGCGUCCAAGGGGAGCAAGAAGAAGGAGUUGGGCAGCCGCCCCAGCUCCAUGACGCUGGGCGUCUUCGCCAGAGAUGCAACUGUGUCUUCCAGUGAGAAGUGGAGAUUUCCUAUUUGGCCAGAAUGGAACGAAGCAGAUAUCAAUGCAGAAAAAUGGGAUACUGGAAAAGCUGGAAAAGAGAAAGAUAAAACUGGGAAAAGUCCUAUUUCACAUUUCUUUGAGGAUCCUGAAGGGAAAAUAGAGUUGCCAGCAUCUUUAAAAGUACAUUCAUGGAAACGCCCCCAUGAGUUUUUAGCGCAUAAGAUUCCCGUGGUUGUCAAAAAUGAAACCUCAUUUGACCUUGUUUCAGAAAAUGAGCAUAUAUUUUGUAGUGAGCUGAUGAGAUGGAUUAUAAGUGAAAUUCAUGCAGUCUGGAGGAUAUAUAAUGGAAAGGCCUUAACUAAUGGAACAGCCACACUUUUUUGGAAACCAUGGGAACACAUUUAUGCAUUAUGUAAAGCUACCAAGGGACACAUGCCACUGUACAAUAACUAUGGAAAAUAUGUAGUGAGACUUUAUUGGAUGGGGUGCUGGAGAAAAAUCAUUGUGGAUGACACUAUGCCUUUCAAUGAAGAGAAUAAUUUGUUACUACCAGCUACAACCUACGAAACUGAACUUUGGCCAAUGUUGCUGUCCAAAGCUAUCAUUAAGCUGGCCAAUACUAGUAUAUGUGAAACUGCAGAAAGAGAGCUGGAGGAAUUUACAGCUCUACAUACACUGACUGGAUGGAUACCAGAAGUUAUUCCUCUCCAGCUUGAAUACUUGGACAAAGUCUGGGGCUUUUUGAAAGAGAUUGUGCCAGAAUUCAAGUUGCCAAAUAAGAAAGCUUCAGAACUUGAUACUCCUCAGUCAGAUACAAAACCUAAAGAGACCGAAGUCUCAGAGUUAAAAAAUGAAGUUUCAACUGUCAAUAAGCAGUCAGAUAAACCUGAGAAAGCAGGGAAAGCUGAUAAAAUUGGCAAAGAAAAAGCAGAGCAAAAAGAAAUCGGAAAGAAGAAAACCAGAAACGGAGAUAAAGAAAAACACAAGUUAGCACUUCAGUCUUCUGAAACCAGAUAUUCUUUUCAGGCCUUAACUGAAAAAUCAUCUGUGCCAACCCAGCCAGAAAUGGUCGUGUAUGCUGGCUGUAUACCACUACAUUUGUUUGAAAAGGAUGUUUUUUCAUUAAAGCAGAUGGCUGAUUCUUCAGAGAAACUGAGGCAGUAUGGGCUUUCCCACAUAUAUAGCCAUCCUGUCCUAAUCACUAGAACGAGGUCCUGUCCUCUGGUAGCACCACCACAACCACCACCAGUUCCUCGUUGGAAGCUUUUCCGUCAGAAAAAGGAAACUCUUGUGUCAUCUGAACCCCAAGUGUCUAUGGUAAAGGAACCUGAAGAACAUGUUGAGAUUGCUAGCCUAUUUUUGAAUUACAAACUGAAUGUUAUUACAAUACCCACAGACAUCCGCUUUCCACAGUCUGCCCUCAAAAAAGGAUUUGAUUCUCUAUCCCGUCUGCCUUCUGUUACUGAAAGUGAUGAAAAUGUGAGAGACAGUAAUGUGGAUAUGAAUCAAAGUGUGAGACACUCAAAUGCGGAAGAUGAUUCUCAGGAGACCACCCUCAGUGGGCAGCAAAACACAGAGACACCUGCUAAAGAAUUACAUGAGAAUACCGGUUUUGAUGCAAAACGAAAAUUAGAAAGAGCUGAUACCAAUAUGAACAUCCAGACAGGGGAUAAAUUGAAGGAAGAAAUUGGGUCAGAAAGGACUUCUGUUUGCAGGGAAAUCUGGAUUAGUUUUGAAGACUUCUGUGUUUGUUUCCAGAACCUGUAUGUUUUCCACAAGCCACAUACAUAUGCUUAUAACUAUCUGAAGACGGAUUUUAAGUUUUCUGAUGACCGAGUCUUCUAUUACUUACUUGUGGACAGUCUGAUGCCCAUUGAAAUCCUGGUUAGCUUUUCUGCAUUAGUACACUGGUAUGAUACUGGAGGUACUAAACGAGAAUCUUCUAGUAUUUCAAAGGGUGUGCUGACAGUUGAACGUUUCUCAUGGAAAUGUGUGACUCCUGGAGAACUUCUGUUAAAGAUGCACACAUCCGCAACCAAAGCUACUGUGUUAAAUCUUCCUGUUGGGCGACAUAUAUUGCUCUUCACAGUAAGUUCUCCCAUAGGGCACCAUAUUCAUCUGUGUAGCAUGGUGCCAUGUGUGUUUGGAGAAGAGGAUACUGUGAUACCAUGUCUUGAAAAGGAGAGCUAUCGGUUUAUAGAACAGGCUACAGCUAUCCUGAAAGCUAUUGGAAAUGUGAUAAAUAAUUUCAGCAGUAAGCCUGAGCUUUCUAAAGCCUUGAAGGAGUUAGAACUAACUCACUGCCCUCCUGGCCUCCAUGGUACUGGAAUGGCUGAAGAACACUUCAAGGUUUUCAAUAGAGUAUUUUGGUGUUUGAUCAAAAAUGUAUUAGGCAAGAAGGCUCCCUACAGCUGUAAAUUUGCCUUCAGGUCCUUCACUCUGGAUUUUGAAAACACCGAGGUUUCUGAGGAUGACAUUGUGUCUUCAGAGAGUUGUCUGAAGAAUCCCCUUGGUAGUUGGCAGAGCCAAAUUCCCACUUCGGAAGAAGCAGCAGCAACUCUUAAACUUCAAGCCAUCUGGAGAGGGACCUAUGUUAGGAAAGUACUGAACAGCAGAAAACCGGGUACCAAAGAAAACGCUAACGUCAAAGAAACUUUGCAAAACCUGUGGACUGCGAUUGAGUUAAAUUUUGAACAGUGUGCUGUAAUGUUGUUAAGAGAAAUGUUUAAAAGAAACUGUAAGUCAAUUGAAAAGUUUCCUUGUUUUGAAGAUGAAUGGUGUAAGAUGUCUUUUGCUGACUAUAAUGGAUCGUAUGCUGAUCAGCCACCAAAUACAUGGUUUAUGCUCUUUAGAGAAAUAUUUUUUGUUCCAGAAGACAUGCUUAUAGUGCCAAAGGUGUAUACCGCUAUCCCUUCCUGUAGACUUCAUGUUGUUGAUAAUGACACACUGGAGGAAAUGCCCCAUGUCUUUUUCAAAGUGGCUCCUUGUGUUUAUCCCAAAAAUAAGAAAGGAUACACAUUUAUGGCUGAAGCACGUACUGGUGACCUACCUGUGGCAGCUGGAAGAUGGAGGCUCCGGCUUAUUGGUUCUCAUAGUCCACUCCCAUUUCUCUCUCGUGAAGCUGUAUAUAAUGUCUAUUCUAUUAAAGAAAUUAAAGAGUAUUACAUACCCAAUGACAAGCACAUAAUGUUCAGGUAUUCAGUAAAAGCCGCAGCAUCACAUAUUGCUACGGUGCAGGUACAAACCUCUAAAUCAGAUGUGUUCAUUAAACUACAAGUCCUAGAUAAUGAGCAAGAAAUUUUGAGUGUCACGGGAAAGGGACAUGCAGUCAUCCCUGCUUUUAAUUUCUUGAGUAAUGAAAUGCUUUUGAGUUCUCAAUCAAGCAAGACUAAUCAAAGUAGUACAAGGAAGGAAUCAGAAAUUAAAGGAUCCAAAAAAAAAGUUCAUAAUUCAUCAUCUUCAAAGGACACCAAAACUUCUUUCAAGGCAGGACAUGUACGAGAAGGUCCACCUACAUUAGAAGAUGAAUCUUCCAUCUUGGAAACCUUUCAAAAUAAGGAUGGACGUCCACAACAAUCUCACAAGUAUAUCAUACAAGCAUUGGUGCUGUAUAAUAGUUGGCCACUUGAAGAGAGUCAGUCUCUGUUUGUUCAGGAACUGAAAGAAAUGGUGAAAACUGAAAGCAAAGUACAUGGGGAAAAGCAUGAGGAGCACAGCUUUCCUCUAACGCUCAAUCUUUCUGAAGUACAGAAAUCUGGAAGUGUUCAUAAAACAACCAGAAAAACAAAAGAUAAAGCAUCUGAGAAGACAGAAAAAGAGAAGUCCGGUAAAGAAAGAAGAGGAUCAAUUAUAUCCCUUCUAUCUCCACCUGAAUCUCAGCAAGCUGCUUCAAACAAACCGUACUGGACUUUACGUCUAGUUAGUGAACAGAGAGAGGCAGAUAUUCUGGAGGUGAAGAAAGACACACAGCGAGCGGAUGAGAUCAAAGCCAUGAAACAAGCAUGGGAGUCUGCAGAGCCAGGAAGAGCUAUCAAGGCUUUUCAGGAACGCAUGCGGUUCAUUAAUAAGUUUACUGUGAGAGAUUCAGAGGAGCCCACAGAUGAGACUGAGACUGCCAGUAUAACACCCAGUUCAGAAGAAAGAGAUUCUCUUACCACAGGAAAGAAAACAUCACAAGCAGAUACUGACUCAAGCUUACAAAUGCAGCAAAACAAAUGGGAGCCUAUAGACCUUAGUCCCUACAUGAGAAAAACAAUGUCAGAGCCUGUGCUAAGAAAUGAGUUUAUCAUUCAACAGCAAGAGAUGCGUAAAGCAGAAAAAAUCAAGCAUUUUAAGGAACUUCGAGAGCUGGCUUUGGAACAAAGAAAACAAGAACAAAAUGACAGAGCUUUGCUGAAGAAAAAUAUACUUGAAAUGUAUGAGAAUCUGCAGGCAUCCUUAGAUGAAGGACGGGACAGAAUUCACAAUAUUCGGGAAGCGUACCGAAAUGAGCUGCUAGAGGCUGAGCGCAGAAAACAAGAAGAGCUGGCAGCUCAGGAAGCAGCCCUGCAAGCAGAGCAAGAUGCACUCAAAAAAAAGCACAAAAAAAAUACAGGGAAAAAGAAGUAGUUGCUAUUUAAUUGUAUUUAAUAGUUUGGAACAGAAAGUUUAUAUGCAAAGUUGAGAAAUAAUGUUAUUUUUCAGUAUUUUUGUUAACUAUAUCACAUUUUAUCUCUUUGACUAAUGCUAGUGAAAAAAUCGUUCUAGUAUUACUCUUUUUGACAAAGUGUUCGGUAAUUUACUUCUCAUGAAUGUACUCACUACUAUUAGAGUUUGUAUGUUUUACUGGAAUAAAUUUUGCAGCAAAAAUUCA